GGCGCCGUUGUCGAGAAACGCACCUUCCCCUGCGUGUACUGUGAAGCCGUCUUCACGUCAAAAACCCAACUGGAGAAGCAUUGCCUCUGGAACCAUUUGGACCGGCCGUUGCCGGCGGCCAGCCCCCCAGUAGAAAACAAAGCACAGAAGGCAACCAGUAAGGGGGCAGGGAAGAAAAGAGCUGCCGAACGGACCCUGUCCCCCACCCUUCACCCUUCCAAACAAUCGAAGGUGGAGAAGGCUGUCGCCUUGCAGCACCCCGAGAACGGAGAGCACGCGGCCGUGAGCCAAGGCAUCAGGGCUUUGAAGACCGCUGCAGCUGGAGGUGGGGAAGGGGCUGCCACUCCGCUUGGCCAGACACCGGGCACGCGCAGCUCCAAGCAUCAGGCGAGCAGGCAGGCCUUUAAGCAGGAGGAAGACCCCGAAAGGAUGAAGCACA